AUGGGGCCGGGCACAGCAGGAAUGUGGCCACUUCCCGCGCCAGACUUUGUGUGGGGGCGUGGUCACGCACUGUGGCCAUUCCUCAGGUCGGAAUCUGAAACGCGUGCGACUAUUUUGGGGCGUGGCCAGGACUGGGGGCGGAGCUUGACGGGAAAGGGACCAACCCUAGAGCUAGGAUCUUAGAGGGACACGGCCUGUACCCAAUUUCUGUCUUGUCCCAAGUCCUGCGCCAGAUGAAGUACAGACUACGCUUGGGGGCGUAGGCAAAGACCAGAGACAUAAUUUACAGGGGAAUUGACUAACCCAGAGCUAUACGAUUGCCUAAGGGGUGUGGACAUGGCCAAUCGUGGGGAUCUGGGAGAAGCGCGGCCGAUUCCAGAGAGGUGUUCAGGUUUGAUCGGUCGCAGAAUCCGGGCCAAUCCUGGUUUUAGCUCCUGAGCAGGGCGACCAAUCCUAUUGCUAGAGCCUGAACUGAGCGUGCCGCUGGAGAAGAAUACUGGGCCCGAGGGGCGGAGUUUCGAGAACCCGGAACCAGUCAGAGUGUUUGGGCUUGAGGAGGGCACCACCCAGUUGGCUGCGGCCAAUGGCGUCAAGGUUCUGAACAGACCUCUGGGGGCGUGGCCCUUCCGGGCGGCUGGGGCCUGAACCACCGCGGGGCCAUGUCCGCCCCGCCGCCCCUGCAGAUCCGCGAGGCGAAUGCACACCUGGUGGCGGUGCACCGGCGCGUCGCGGAGCUGGAGGCGCGGCUGGACGCGGCGGAGCGCACGGUGCGCGCCCAGGCCGAGCGCCUGACCCACCACGACCAGGAGCUGCGCGCUGCCCUGGACGAGCUGGGCUGCGCCAAGGACCGUGAGAUUGCGGCUCUCCAGGAGCAGCUGCUGACCUCCGAGGCCACUGUCCACAGCCUGCAGGCUGCCGUGCACCAGAGGGACAAGCUCAUCAAGCAGCUGCAGCCCCGGGCCGAGCUGCUGCAGGACAUGUGCCGCUGGCGGCCACCCCUGGCUGGGCUGCUGGCAUCCCUGGCUGGGGCUGAGCGCCUGGGUCCCCUGCCAGCCAGUGACCCUGGCCACCCACUCUCUGGCGAGUCCAGUUUACUCCUUGUCAAUAGCACUGGGAAGGAGGGGGACAGGGACCACCUCCAGCCAGCAGUGUUUGGGACCACUGUGUGAGUCCCAGAGGAGACUGACUGCAGAAUGGAGACAGAGGAUGCCCAUGGACACUUUCCAUUGCUGUGGGUGUCCUGGGGGGAGGGAGGGGUGUGUCAUCACUGCCAGAGGGAACCCCCUGCAGAGCCAUAAUCCUUUCUAAGCACCAGACCUGCUAAAAAGUCAUAGGUUUCCAAGGGGUAGCUUGCAGACCAAAUGAAAAAUGUUUAGCCCAGCCAUUUUUAAAAAAACUUUAAACCAAUUAUCCUUGUUGAAAAAAUGGCGAUGUUUACACACGAAAAUCUGGAUAUCCGGCUUCAGACUUGGCCAUGCCUACUGGAUCUGAACCCAGAAUACUCUCUUUAGCCAGACUGUAAAUUAUUAAUUAGUGCCCUCGUCUCUCUGGGCCCUGAGGCAUCUGAAUUUGAGACCUCUCUGUCUUUGAUAGAGGAAGAUGACAAAGUUCCACAUUAGACUUUUUCUUACCCCCCACCUCCCACCCUGAGCCCUGAUUUUUGUUCUUCCUUCCUGAAGAGAUGCAUUCUCCAUCCCAGGCUAAAGCUUUUUCUUACUCCAUCCCAGACCAGAGUUAAGAGCUUCAAGCUCCAUGCCAUUUGCAUUAGUUAUUUUGAAGACACAUUUUUAGUCCUAGAUGUUCUUUUCCUAACUGUCCUAUACCCUCAACCUUUAACCCAGAGGGCAGUGUGUGGGGUAUGUGAGCGCUUGGCAGCCAGGCCUUGCUGCCAGGGAAAACUCAGGCAUCCCUUCACCUUUUCUUGAUCAUGUGCUGCCUCAGGGCCUUUAUAUUGGCUGCACCCUCUGCCUGGAAUGUUUGCCCGGGUGUCACAUGACUGAUUCCUUGCCACUCAGGUCUUUGCUUUGAUGGCACCUCCUCAGAAAGCUUUUCCCUUGACUACCUGAGUUACUCCCCACCCCUGGUCACUACCAUUGCAUUUAUUUUUCUUUACGGAACUUCUUACCAUCAGGAUGUAAGCUCCAGGAGGGCAGGAUUUUUCUGUCACCAGAGCCUGGUGCACUCCAGGCCCCAGCAGGAACAGGAUGGGUCUGUGGGCCCUGUAAGGGCCCCCAGCACUUCUGAUCAGCCCCUGCCCCGCCCCUACUAGUCCAGCUUUUGUAGUAGGCAGCUGGCUCCUUUUUUACAGUCCCCAGAGAAUCUAUUUUUUUAACUCCUUUUUUCUACACUGCCCUCUCUUGGCCUGACACAUUGAGGCAGUUUUGCUUUUUAUGAAGCCAGGGGACCCCCAUGCCUUUCUUAGCCCACUCAAGUGCCCAGCCUGAGCUGUUUCCCCACCUCCUUACUCACUCAGGAAAUUGUCACACCAGGAACUGCCAUGGGGCAGGGCCUAUUUCAGCCUGGAAAGGCUGGCAUCCAUCAACAGCAGGAUGGAGCUGGCUGUGGGCCUGGCAUCCUGACACUGACCCCUCCAUGUGUAACAAUAGCCCUAUUUUUCUCUUCUGGAUGAAUAAGCAAGCGGGGCUGUUUGUCUGAGGGAAGGCAGGCUGGGGCCUGUCUGCUCAAGAAUAAAUGGGGUGAUUUGUCCUCCUUGGUCCUUCUUCCUUUCUUCCACGUGAGGGUGCUGGAGAGGUGGCCCCUGCGUGGGUUGUGGUCCAGGGAGCAGCCCUGCUGGCCAGGGGCUUGUCCUAGUCACUGGAGCUUGUGCUAUGGGCAGUCUCUCACACACACACACACGACUGUGUCUAAUCUUUGCAGCCACCAUGGACACAGGCCUGCCCCAUUUCACAGUUGGGAGAGUGAGACUCAGGUGAAGUGAAGAGGCCUCAGGGUCAGGAGGGCCUGGGCCACUACCAAUUUAUGGAGGAGUUACUGUUAAAGGUGUCAAACAGCUACAAUAAUUGUGGUUAGAUUUUACAUUUUCUAUAGAAAAAAAAUUGAUGAUUGUUAACACUUGUUAAAAAAUGCAAUGCAGUAUUUCUCUGCCUACCCAAAGAAUUUUGGACUACAAUAAGCCAUUGGAAUUUGUGCAGCAGAAUGUCACUGUGGCUUCCCAGAGCUGACGGUGUGACAUCAGCCGUGGCCUGAAUCGCAGCGCUGGGUCGGUCAUCACCCACGAUUGGCAGAGACUUCUGAGCACAUCGCUGUGCUGUGUGCAUGACCAAGCUUUGAAAAACCUCUGACGAUCUUUGGGUCUGUGUAGGCGGGGAGGUCCCCAAGUGGGAACCACAUUUUCAGUCCUGGGAGAUCAACGUUCUUUUUGAUCCCGCUGGUCAGUGCCAUGCUCUCAGUUGGUAAAGUUGUCCAAAGUCUGGAUUGAAGGCCGCCUGUGAGGGUGGCCUGGGUUUCUCUUGGAUUACGUCACAGGGGUCAGGGCCACUUCUCUGUUUGGUACCGUAGCCCCAUGGCUCACCAGCUUGUCACAAGAAAGCCCAUCAAAUGUUUGAGAACUGAAAACCAACCACCAAAAGACUCAUACAACACAAAACA